UUCUCGAUUCAUUCAUUUCCGUGAGUGACGCAAAUCUAGAAUGGCCGACUUUGAUGCUUUCGAAUCUGCUCCAAGCGAAGAAGUGGAUCCUGCUGCAGAUUUUCUUGCUCGAGAACAAUCAGAAUUAGCUGGAUUAGAAGAUGAUAAUGAGAAUUUCAAUUCAGGCCAGCAGUUUGGUAACCAGGAUUUCGACUCCUUUGGACAAGAACCAUUAGCUUUGCAACAGAAUACUUCUGAUGGAUUGGGUGAUUUUGAAAUAUUAGGAGGAGGUGGUGGCAUUGAUGGCUUUGGCGCAGACUCUGGAGCCCAGCAAUACAUGGGUUUUAAUGAGAACAUCAGUCAAAAUGAACUUUCUCAAAAUGGCCCCAGUAAUAUGUAUGAAGCUAUUUCACAACAAGACACAUUGCGGGCGGUGCCUGAAAAAAUCAAAAUCUGGAGAGAAGAACAAAAAAGCAGACUUGAAAAAAAAGAUAUUGAGGAGGAAAAACGCAAGUUAGAGUUGAAAGAAAAAGCAAAGAAGGAGUUAGAUGAUUGGUACAAGCAUCAUGCAGAACAACUGGAGAAGACCAAAGAAAAUAACAGGAAACAUAAUGAUGUUACUGAGUCACAGGGGGCUGCGGAAAAUGCAUUUGUGAAAGACAGGGAUGAGAAGAUACCAGGCCAGUCGUGGGAAAAAAUUACACGCCUUUGCGAGUUCAACCCCAAAAAUUCCAAGAACAGUAAAGAUGUAUCCAGGUUCCGGUCGAUUUUACUUCAACUGAAGCAGACACCACUGGUGCGCUAGUCUAGUUAGCCAUUCUUCCUGUUCAUUCUUUGUUGCUGUAAGGAGAAAUAUAGCAUAGCUCUAAAAGAGGCAUUGGGUUUUACAAAUGAGAAAUUGUUUUAAAAUAUUUUUGAAAAUAAACAUAGUGCUGUUACAAUUUCCCCCCCCCCCCCCCCUUUGCUGUUACAGACAGUUGAAACUAAAAGCUUCAAGUUUCUAUCUACAUAAAUAAUUGAUGUUCUUAUUUAAGCCUGUUUUUUAAGAAAAGUUAUUACAAAUAUACCCUAAUUUGCUGGUAUUUCAAAUUAAAUAAUGUGUUUUCUUUAAAAUGAAAACCUUUAAUAAAACGGUUUGAACAACCUUUUUUUUUUUAACCACUGCAUUUUAAUAGUAUGCUGUACCAUAGCAAAGACAGUGGUAGAGAUACUAUCAUCAUUACUUUACUUAACUACAAGAUUCUUUUUUUUUUCUUUAAUUAGUAUCUUCCUUGCCCUUUUCUUUAGCCCAUUUUCUAGAUAACUUUCCAUUUUGUUUUCCAGAUGAGAGACAAAAGUCUUUGUCAAAAAAAAAAAUAAUAAUUUAACUUUGGCUUUGGUUUAAAGCCUUUUUUUUUUUUUUUAAAGUUGUGAUAUACUCUUGAAUGGGUGUAUGGAGCCUAACAAUGUGAAUAACCAUAUUGACCUUAGCCAUUGAAAUCAAUGUGAUUCUAGUAGUUCAGUGUGUGUUCUAGCUGUGUAGAUGAUUGUGUAGUUCUCUGUCUCCUACAAUAUACUUUUUUAUUUUUUACAAAAUUUUAUAACCAACAAAAUGUUCAGUCCUAUUAUUUAAAAAAAAAAGUUGUUUUUUUUUUUAAGAGAUCCUUACUAAACCUUGAAAGAGUCAAUUAUCAAAUUUAAAACAUUCCUUCAUUACUUGUGGAAACUUUUAGUAUCAUUCUAAAAAAAUGUUUUUUUGUUUGUUUGUUUUUUUGUUGCUUUUUUUUAAAUGAAUGAUUGAAAAGUUUUUAAUGUUACGAAUGUUUUAAAUUAUUUUGCUGUUGUCCUAGAGUUUAGUGUAAAUAGAUUGACAUUAAGAAAGUUAGUUGUCACACAUUUUUUUUUUCUUCACAAAAUGAUGUCUAUGCAUCUAUAAGGGUCGGCCUUUUUAAAUCAUCAGUCGUACAUAGCUCUACAGUUAGUUUGUGUAACAGCCUUAAUUAACAAAGAUAGAACUUUCUAAAUGUUUCAUUGAUUAGGCUUCUUUGGUCUACACACUUUGAAUGUUGUGUUAAUUUAUUGUUUCACUAUUUCAACAUGAGGUUAAUGUGAAAGUGUGGAUGAAUUAAAACAAUUACAUUUGUAACCUUUGA